AUGCAGUCGACAGAGAGGUCAAACUCAAUAUGGCGAUGCCAAAGGAGUGGCAGAUGGAAGGACGACGGGAAAGCAGCGAAGAUUGACAGCCAUCGUACCGAUCUCUCGUCAAUGUCAGACUGGAAACUCUGCGGAGCGAUCAAGGAUCCCAGCAAUAUUACGGAAAACUGGAACAUCUUCACUCAGUCCUCUUGGGACCCCGUCCAUUGCCGCUUGGCGGACGAAGGCGUCAUACUGGCACUGCUCACCUGCACGCCAAUCAAACACUCCUACCGAUUUAGAGACUGA